AGCGGCAGCCGGCAGUCAGCAGCGCGAGACUCGGACACGGAAAGGCUGGUUCCUGAAGGACAUUAUCACUCUCAGCCAUGGGAAAGGAUUACUACAAGAUCCUGGGCAUUCAGUCUGGUGCCAAUGAAGAGGAGAUCAAAAAGGCCUACAGGAGGAUGGCCCUCAAGUUCCAUCCAGAUAAAAAUAAGGAUCCUAAUGCAGAAGAAAAAUUCAAAGAAAUAGCAGAGGCAUAUGAGGUCCUGAGUGACCCAAAGAAGAAGGCUAUUUAUGACCAGUACGGAGAGGAUGGACUCAAAAGUGGAGGAAGUGGCUCAUCCAGUGGACCAGGCACUACGUAUCACUACACCUUCCAUGGAGAUCCGCAUGCCACAUUUGCAUCUUUCUUUGGCGGCUCUAACCCCUUUGAUAUUUUCUUUGGCUCUGGACGUCAUUGGAACACCAACAAUGGUGCUGGAGACCAUGAUAUGGACAUUGACAUGGAUGGAGAUGAUGACCCAUUCAGCUCCUUCAGCCACUUUGGCUUCAACGGUCUCAAUGGGUUCCAUCGUGGGGCAGGUCGAAGGCCUCGUAAUGAAUCUUUGCACAGCAGCAGCAACACCAGGAGGAAGGUACAGGAUCCUCCUUUGGUACACGAGCUGCGGGUAUCUCUGGAGGAAAUCUUCCAUGGAUGUACUAAACGCAUGCGCAUUACUCGCCGCCGCCUCAACCCAGAUGGAAGAACAACGCGGACAGAAGACAAAAUCCUGAAUAUUGUCAUCAAGAGAGGCUGGAAAGAAGGGACCAAGAUCACCUUCCCUAAGGAGGGAGAUGAGACACCUGAGAACAUUCCAGCUGAUAUUGUGUUUGUGCUCAAAGACAAAGGACACCCACACUUCAAGAGGGAUGGAUCCAACAUCAUAUACACUGCCAAAGUCAGUCUUAAAGAGGCCCUGUGUGGUUGCACAGUGAACAUUCCUACCCUAGACAACAAGGUUAUUACACUGCCCUGCAAUGACAUCAUUAAACCAGGAAUCAUAAAGAGACUUCGGGGUGAGGGUUUGCCUUUACCCAAGAGUCCAUCCCAGCGCGGGGACAUGAUAGUGGAAUUCCAGGUGCGCUUUCCAGACAGGAUACCUCCUCAGUCCAAAGAGAUCAUCAAACAGCACUUACCCCAGUCUUAAACCCAUUUUAUUGGAUUUCUCUUAAUAUCUAUUUUAAGAUGAACAUUUACCUUCCACAAACAUUAAUAAUGAUCCAGAGGAAUGGAAAACGUACAAAAAGGACCGGAAGUCAAUUUCAUACUUUGUUACCCUUUUUAUCAUAUUGCCCUUUUGAGAGCAGGUAGGGAAAAACAUGACUUUCUGAAGGAAAAAAAAAAGAUUUUCUAAGCAAUUUGCUACCUUGAAGCUUAUGGCUUUCAUCCAUGACCUUUUUCAUAUUCUUCUCAAAUUUUUCACUCCAUUACUUUGAAGCAAAAGGGAAAGAAAAAAUUCCUGCUCUAUUUAAAGAAAGUUUAAUGUCAAUGAUGUAUGCUAUGCUCGUUUUGCAGACAGUACAGUUUAUUUGUUGUACCUCUGACAUUUUGUCCCUUCUUUAGUCUAGUUUAAAUUUGGAUUUUGGAUAAAGUAGAAUUUCAGAUAACCCUUUAGGUCCUUUAGAGUGAUGGGCUGCCUUUCGCACCAGCAAGUUCGAUAGAAACCAUUUGAUACGUUUUUACUCUCCGAACCAACCCAGCAGUCUAAAGGUGCUUUGUUCUCUGUGACCAGAUUAUUAGGUGCUGUCACUCAUCGCAAGUCUUUAAUGGUGUGAUCACAGAUUCUCGAGUGCCUUAAUACGGCUCCAACUAGCUGGAUUUUUCCAGUAAGGUGAUGUAAUGAAAAGACCAGUGUUUUCACCUCAACCAAGGCCUAUUAUGGUACCGUAUACUCCACUGAAUUGAAUAAGCAUGUCAUUGCAAGAUUAGCUUGUUCUGGCAGUGUUCGUAUUUGCUCAUGUUUGCUCAUUGCUGAUUAUAUGUAGUGUAAUCUGGAAAUGUUGACAUUGUGUUACACUAUUUACAGUACAACUUAUAAGUGAAUCUGUAUGAAUUAUUAAUAAGGAUUCCCUUAUAAGCAUUUCUAAAGGAUUUAAUCCUAUGACCCGUACCAGACAUUUCUUUAAAAUAUCCCUGACAGACCGUAUUAGACAAUCAUAAGUCUUUCGUGGUAGGUUUAAGAAAGAUUUGAGAAGUGAACGUUAAGUGGUGUAAAGAGUGAAUGCUUAGUUGAAAUUACCUUGUUAAGGAUUCAUUGUAGCUGUAUAUAAAAGCUUCCCUGAGACUCACGAGCACUUUCAGAAAACUGUGAAGUCCGAUGACUAUGAUGAUGAUGAUGAUGAUGAUUAAGGCUAAGGUAGGUUGUAAACAUGUAUCGCACACUAUGUAUACUGUUCAGUGCACACAACUGUGGUUCAAAAAUGUUAGUUGCAAAUAAGUAUAUGCAUAUGAUAAAGUGAAUGGAGACAUUUUGAAGUUUUAGUAUG